AAUAAUAAAGAUGCCUAUUAAUUUUCGUGAUUAUGAUAAAAAUUCUUCCGAUGAAAGUGAUACUAGUGAUCAAACCGAUGAAGAGUCAGAAAAUGGUACUUAUACACAACAAAAUAAUUAAUAUUUGACACUGCAAAUUCAAUAUCAUAUUGGAAGUACGUUGUAGGAAGUUAAAUAGUAUGGAUUAUGAAAAUGACAAUCUAAAUGAAACAAUAGUGAAAGAAGAAAGUACAAAUCAGGAUAAGGAGAGCGAUGAUGAUGAUGAUGAAGAUGAAGAUGACGAAGUAGUUAAAGCAAUAAAAGCAGAGAAAAAUAAACCUCGUGAUCAUCCACCAACCAUUACAUCCGAAGAUUUUAUUGUCGAUAUCUCCUUUAGUCCCAUUAAGAAUUUAAUAGCUAUAGCUAACAUUGUUGGUGACAUACUAUUAUAUGAAUACAGCAAUGAUGAAACCAAACUUGUAAAUACAUUGGAGUUACAUUUGAAAGCUUGUCGGCAAGUUGAGUUUGAAAACAAUGGCCUCACACUAUACAGCACAGCUAAAGACAAGGUAAUAAUGGCAACUGAUGUUGAAACAGGAAAAUUAAAGACAUGCUAUGAAAAUGCACAUGAUGAACCAGUAUACAGUUUAAAAUGUUUGGAUGAGGGAAAAAUUGUUACAGGUGAUGAUGGAGGUAUCGUAAAAUUAUGGGAUGUAAGAAAACCUGAUCCUAUAUUCAGUCUAAAAAUUAGUGAAGAUUAUGUCUCUGAUAUGAUUAGUAAUGAAGUUCAGAAAUAUUUAGUUUGUGCAGCUGGCGAUGGUGUGCUCACCUCUAUUGAUUUAAAAGCAAGUAAAAUUUAUAGCACUUCUGAAGAAUAUAAUGCUGAAUUAACAUGUAUGGGACUUUUCCGAUCCGAAACAAAAUUAUUGGUUGGAUCAUCAAAAGGAAAACUUUAUUUAUUCAAUUGGAAAGAGUUUGGUUUACAUAGUGAUGAAUAUAUUGGACAAAAGCAUUCUAUUGAAUGCAUGAUACCAAUAACUCAAAAUGUGGUGGUUACUUCUGGGGAAGAUGGAAUGCUGAGAGCUACACACAUGUUCCCCCAACGCCAUUUGGGUAUAGUGGGCCAACAUCGGUUACCAGUUGAAUGUAUGGAUAUAAGUCAUGAUGGUCAAUACAUUGCAUCUAGUUCACAUGAUAACGAUGUGAAAUUUUGGAACAUCUCAUAUUUUGAAUCUAUUGAUAAAAUAAUUAAUGUUAAUCACAAACAAAAUAAAAAGAAGGACCUCAUUAACAAUUUGCCAUCAAGUAGUAUAAAAAAUGCAUCAGAUUUUUUUUCAGGACUAGUAUAAAUUGUCUUAAUUAAUUUGACGCUCUAGCAGUUUAACACACUGCCUCACGAUUCCUCGAACGGUACAAAGAUUUGUAUUUAUGACUGUCUGCGUUUUCUAUGUAAAUAUGUAUAUAUUACAUAAAAACCGUAUCUAUAUUUAUAUCAGUUGAGCAGUGCGCAUAACAAAAACUUUGAUUAGCUUGGGAACAGAUUACGCUAUGUGAAUAGUACUCAGAUAUUAUUAUUAUAUACAACAAUUAUUAACGAUAUAAAUAACUAAUUAAGAGUUAUG